AUGGAUCACAACCCCGCAGAGCACGAUGAAGUCGUGUCUCAGUUCUGUGCUUUGACGGGCACACAGCCUGAACAGGCCCAAGAGUACCUUGCAACCAACCAUGGCGACGUUGAAGCCGCAGUUACCGAGUUCUUUGCGGAACAAGACGAGGCUUUGCAGGACAUGAACACAGGAGGUGGCCAACAAGUUGGUGCUGGAGAAGCUGCUGCUGCCACUGCGGCCGCUUCAGGAGGUCGAACACUGGGCGGUGGAGCUGUCCCCGCCUCUUCUGCUGCCCCGGAGGCCUCGUCAUCUGCGCGCCGCUCAGCGCCUAAAAAGAAGUUUGCGACUCUAGGUGAUUUCUCGGGAGGAGACACUCACGACUCUUCGGACGACGAUGGGUCGGAAGACCAGGAUUUUUUCGCCGGAGGAGAGAAGUCUGGACUGGCAGUUCAGAACCCAGAUGACCUCAAGAGGAAGAUUCUCGAGAAGGCUCGGAAAGCUCAACCCCCGCCCUCAGACGACGCUCCCUCCCGCCAAUCAUUCUUCACUGGCGCUGCGCGCACUCUCGGCGGCGACGAUGCUCCAAGCCGGGUGAUUGCCGACCCAUCCGCCCCUACUCCCCAGCGCGCUCAGCGCGUACAGCGCACUCUCCACUUCUGGGCCGACGGAUUCUCAGUAGACGAUGGCGAACUCUACCGAUCUGAUGACCCUCGCAAUGCUGAGAUUUUGGAGGGUAUCCGACAGGGUCGUGCCCCACUCACGAUUAUGAAUGUUCAAGCGGGACAGGAGGUGGAUGUCGAAUUGAAGCAGCAUGAGGAGAAGUACACCAAGCCUAAGCCCCAAUACAAGGCAUUCUCUGGAUCUGGACAGCGCCUGGGUAGUCCUACACCUGCUAUUCAGAGCCAGCAACCUACACCUCCCGCCGCUUCUGCCCAGUCAAGUGGCCCACCUAAGCCCGAGGUGGAUGAAUCGCAGCCCACGGUCACUCUCCAGAUCCGCCUUGGUGACGGAACCCGUUUGACGUCCCGAUUCAACACCACUGCAACAAUGGGUGACGUCUAUGCUUUCGUCACGGCCGCAUCUCCGGAUAGCCAGAGCCGCCAAUGGGUGUUGAUGACCACUUUCCCUAGCAAGGAGCUCACGGACCGGGAUGUCACUCUUGGUGAUCUCCCCGAAUUCAAACGUGGAGGAGUGCUUGUCCAGAAGUGGACCUAG